AUGGAUGAAAAAGAGUUAAAUCUACCUAGAGUCUCGCAGAUGGACUCCCAGCAGGCCGAGCAGGCUGCACAACACAACACAGACUGGAGUCAAAAGCCAGACGGAGACGCCAAUGGAGGGAUUGUCAGGGAGUUUUCCACGCUGGAUGCAGAAGAGGAUGUGAAUAAAAUAAAUGCAGCAGUCUUCUACUCCAUCUCCUCCACUCAGGCUGGUCUGCAAGGCGUAGAGCUGGGCAACUACCUCAUAAAGCGAGUGGUGCGGGAGUUACAGGUGGGAGAUAGUAAAUGUAAAAAGAGUGAGUUUCCACACAUGUGCCAGUUCUCCAGUCUAUCUCCCAUCCCGGGCUUCACAUCGUGGCUGCAGGGCCUGCUGAGCCAGUGCCGUAAAGAGGGCCGUGGUCUGGAGCUGCUGUCGGAGCAGGAGUGGAGGGAGCUGGAGCAGGCCACAGACUGUGCACCGGGCAUGGGGGCCAUAGACGCCCUGAGGAAACUCAUCGGCACCAGUGAGUGGAUGCGCUCAGAAAGACUCAGUGUGCUCCUGGAGCCUGUGCUCAUGCGCCUGUGUGCCUGGUACCUCUAUGGGGAGAAGAGGAGAGGAUACGCCCUCAACCCUGUGGCUAACUUCCACCUUCAGAACGGAGCCACUAUGUGGAGGCUGAACUGGCACGCGGACACCAGCCCCAGGGGCGUGGCCAACUCUUGUGGCAUCAUGGUCAACUAUCGCUACUUCCUAAAUGAGACCUCUCAGAACAGCGCGCUCUACCUGCAGAACAAGGUCAUUACAGCAUCAGAGCAGGUGCUGAGCAUUGUGUCCCAGUUUCAAAAGAACAGCAAGUUAUGAUAUUAAAACAAUAUUAAAACAAUAUUGUUACAUUUUGAUGUAACUAAAAGGCUUCUUAUUACCUUAGUUGGUGUUGGCUCAUUGUGCUGGGAAAAUAUGGCAAUUUUUCAGCAUGAUUAGUUGUACAUACACAAAGACAUAAAUAUAUGCAAGCUGUGCCAAAUGUAAUUAAAGGUCAGUGUUUUGCAUUCGUUUGCUUUCACACAUCAUAUAUUUCAAGAUUGGAUGUUUUCUAUCACCUGUUUUCUUGGUGUGUUUUUAAGAGCAGAUACAAACUGCCAGUGUCUAGCCUAAUGCUGCCUAAAUACUAACUGUGUUUAAAAAAUCAAUGAAUGGAAUAAUACUCCCACAUAAAAAUAAAAGUCCAAUCUGUACAGCUUUAGAUAUCUGUAUAGAGUAUUUUGUUCUGAUGUUCUGAAUGAUGCCUUUACUGAUAAUCUGCUACAAUAUUUCAACUAUCCUGAAAUUCAAAUUUAAAAUCAUUUAACAUGAUUUAUGACCUUGUUGUCAUGACAGAGGUCAAAGUUUGAAUUAAGACAACAUCUGUGUAAGAUGUAUUUGCAUGGAUCAAUAUUUGAUAUUUCAUUAUAUGCUUCUUUUUAAGUUAUAUCACAUUGAUUAUGUUUUGACUUUCCUUUUGAUUAGCAUUUGAUUGCAUUGAUUUUGCACUUUUGAUUUACCUUAAACUUGAAAAGCCCUUAGUUGUCUCUUACGUAGACAACAUUAUGAAACCCAGCACUUAUUUCAUUUAUUCAUGUUUCUGUAUUUGAUUUUGCGGAUGUGAGCUUUGCCUUGAUGCACUUCUGGCUAGAGCUGUAUAAGACUGUGUGUGUGCUUCUAACUGAGGCUGUAGCUAAUGAAGCACAGGCAUCCAUCAAUGCAGCCCCAUGUUUCCGGAUAACGGCGUGACAGAGCGCGGCCAUUGCAAUAAACAGUGUGGUAAUGCUGUAAUUUGGCUCAAUCGCCUGACUGCUGGGAGGCUAUUCAUUUAAUCUACACCUCCAGAGAAUAAAGUUGUCCAAGUUUCACCAUAGGAAAUCUGUUAUACUUGUAUACUUUAAAAUGUUAAAUUAUGCAUUAAUAAAACAUAUUUCUUUGUCAGUGUUCAAUAAACAACUAUGGUGGCAAA